AUGAAGGCAUACUGGUACGAUAACAAGCCGGGCGACCAGCGCGAGCCCCACGACUCCGGCAACCCCGUCUCCGAAUCCUACCUCGCCUCCCUGGGCGUGAUCUACCGCCACUGCCCUACCAUUGACAUCGUCGACGCCCUGGCCGCGGAGCGCGGCUACAAGAACCGCGACGAGGUGACGGUCUCGCCCCAGACCAUGGGCGACGUAUACGAGGACAAGGUGAAGAUGUUCUUUGCUGAGCAUCUCCACGAGGACGAGGAGAUUCGGUACAUCCGUGACGGUGAGGGCUACUUCGAUGUCCGCGGCCAGGGCGAUGAGUGGGUGCGCAUCAGGCUGUCCAAGGAUGAUCUGAUUAUUCUGCCCGCCGGUAUCUACCAUCGUUUUACGACGGAUGAUAAGAAUUAUGUCAAGGCUAUGCGUCUCUUCCAGGAGGAGCCUAAAUGGACGCCGCUGAACCGAAGCGAUGAGGUUGAUGCCAACAAGCAUCGCAAGUCGUAUCUUGAGACGCUUCCUACUCCUGCUCUUGCUGCAAACUAA